AUGGCCGCUUUAUCAAAGAGAAUUAUAAGAGAAACUGAACGUUUGGUUUCAGACCCUGUUCCUGGCAUCACCGCGAUGCCCCACGAAGAUAAUCUUCGUUAUUUCGAUGUCACCAUCGAAGGAGCAGAUCAAUCUCCAUACGAAGGGGGCUUAUUUAAACUUGAGUUAUUCUUGCCAGAAGACUAUCCUAUGGUUGCUCCAAAAGUGCGAUUCUUGACCAAGAUUUAUCACCCAAAUAUCGAUCGUUUGGGCCGUAUUUGCCUCGAUACUUUGAAGAAGAAUUGGACUCCUGCUAUACAGAUUAGAACAUUGUUAUUGAGUAUUCAAUCUUUGUUGACUUCUCCUAACCCGGACGAUCCUUUGGCAAAUGAUGUUGCAGAGUGCUGGAAGAAAGAUGAGGCUGGAGCAAUACAGACCGCCAAGGAAUGGACCGCUAAAUAUGCAAAGAAAGAAUAA